AUGUCAGACAUAAACAUUGAAAAUACGCUCGAGGAACUUUCGCUCAAUGAGAAAGUAUCCCUUCUAUCAGGCGUCGAUGGCUGGCACACGGCAGCAAUACCUCGACUAGGGAUCCCUCAAAUACGAAUGUCAGACGGACCAAACGGUGUUCGUGGUACUCGCUUUUUCAAUGGUGUCCCUGCAGCCUGCCUUCCUUGUGCCACUGCGCUAGGGGCUUCAUUUGACAAGGACCUUAUAUUUUCUCUCGGAAAGCUCCUGGGCGCCGAGUGCAAGGCGAAGGGGGCGCAUGUCCUUUUGGGUCCGACCAUAAACAUUCAACGAGGGCCUCUGGGUGGGCGUGGCUUUGAGUCUUUCUCAGAGGAUCCUGUCCUCUCUGGCUCCUUGGCCACGAGUUAUUGCCUAGGAGUUCAGACUGAGAACAUCAUUCCGACGCCGAAACACCUCGUCUGCAAUGACCAGGAGCAUGAAAGAGUUGCUGUUAGCGCACUUGUGACAGAGCGAGCAUUACGGGAGAUCUAUCUUUUGCCUUUCCAACUAGCCAUUACAGGUGCGAAUCCUGGUGCUCUGAUGACUUCAUACAAUAAGGUCAAUGGAUGCCAUGCGAGUGAAAGCCCUAAGUUGCUGCAGGAUGUUGUUCGAAAGGAAUGGAACUAUAAAGGUCUUAUUAUGAGUGAUUGGUUUGGAACGUACAGUGGGACUGAAGCCGUCAAUGCCGGACUGGAUCUUGAAAUGCCUGGCCCAACUCGAUUCCGGGGACCCGGCUUAGUGCAUGCUAUUACAUCGAACAAGGUCUCUGAUAGGACUAUCAAUGACCGGGUCCGCUCGAUGCUAGAGAUGGUAAAGUCAACAGCCAGCUCAAACAUUCCCGAGGACGCACCCGAACUCCAACGAAACUUGCCUGAGGAUCAAGCACUGCUUCGCCGAGCAGCUUCUGAGUCUAUUGUCUUGCUCAAGAACGACGACCGCAUCCUUCCUCUUGACCCAGCUAUGAAGACUCUUGUGAUCGGACCCAACGCCAAUAUUGCGGCAUACUGUGGUGGAGGCUCUGCCGCCUUGCCGGGGUACUAUGCAGUCACUCCAUUGGAAGGAAUAGUUAGCAACUGCACCGGCGGUGUUAACUUCUCUCAGGGAGUAUAUGGCCACAAAGAGCUGCCUCUUCUUGGCUCUCAGCUUACAAAUGAAGAGGGUCAGACCGGGUAUACAUUCAGCGUGUUUACUGAGCCCUCUACUAAAAAAGACAGAGAACCGGUCGACAAGUUGCACAUGACCAGCAGCUCUGCAUUUCUGAUGGAUUACAAGCACCCAAAGGUUCACUCUGACCUUUAUUAUAUCACAAUGGAAGGCAUCUUCGAACCAGCUGAAAGUGGAGUAUAUGACUUCGGUCUCACCGUCGCCGGUACCGGAGAGCUAUUUAUCGAUGGAGAGUUGGUAGUCGAUAACAAGACCACCCAGCGCCAGGGAACGUCGUUCUUUGGUAUCGGCACUCCAGAGGAGCGCGGUUCUAAAUAUCUUGAGGCAAACAAGCAAUAUAAGAUCCUUGUCGACUAUGGUACGGCUCCAACGUCUAACUUGAAGUUGCAUGGGGUCGUUUCGUUUGGCCCUGGUGGCCUGAGGGUUGGAGGAUGUCGACGUAUUGAUGCAGAGCGCUCAAUUGAAGAUGCCGUCAGCCUGGCAAAGAUGGCUGAACAGGUCGUCGUCUGCGUUGGACUUAGUGGGGAAUGGGAAAGUGAAGGCUUUGACCGUCCACAUAUGGGACUUCCUCCACGGUCGGAUGAUUUGAUAGAGAGAAUCCUCGCUGUCCAGCCAAAUGCUGUGAUAGUAGUGCAAAGCGGUACGCCUGUCAGCAUGCCUUGGGCUCGGGAUGCCAAGGCACUGCUUCAUGCUUGGUAUGGCGGAAAUGAAACAGGAAAUGGGAUUGCGGACAUUAUCUUUGGAGAUGUGAACCCGUCCGGAAAGCUUCCUCUCACAUUUCCAGAGUUCAUCGAGCAGAACCCAACAUAUCUGUCUUUCCGUUCAGAGGGAGGACGUGUAUUGUAUGGCGAAGAUGUCUAUGUCGGUUAUCGUUAUUACGAAAAGACUAAAGUGAAGCCCCUGUUUCCCUUCGGGUACGGUCUCUCCUACACAAAAUUCUGUCUAUCAGGUCUUUCUGUGUCGCAGCCUCUGGAAAGCUUGAACAGAAUCAAGGAGGAAAUCCUAGAAGUUGCAUUCUCAGUGGACAACACCGGACUAUACAGUGGCGCGGAGACUGUCCUGGUAUACAUCUCACCUCCCUCCAGCAGCAGUGUUGCACGCCCAAUCAGAGAGCUCAAGGGCUUCAAGAAGAUCAGACUCGAAAAGGGGGAGAGACAAGAGGUAUUGAUCUCAAUUCCACUUGCUCUCGCCACGAGCUUUUGGGACGAGGGUCACUCUGCAUGGCUUAGCGAAGCGGGAGAGUAUAAAGUGAUCGUUGUUGGCACUGGUGAUCAGAACUCACUCUCGGCGACCUUUCAGGUUGCUCGUAGCCGGAGUUGGAAUGGAUUGUUUGGGCCCGACGUGAAGGCUCCAUCUCUUCAUGUCAACGGGAAUGGCAAUGUGACUAAUGGGCACAGAUAA